AUGUCAGGACCUACUGCGGUAUUCCUUACUCAUCAUUGUUUUGGAAGCAAUGAAUGCAAAUAUAAGCCUUCUUCUGCGCAAAGCUUGCGACGCCAUUUAACGGCUCAACAUCAUUAUAUGUUCCCUUUGCAUAUCGACAAAGUUCGCCAGCACAACAACGCUACUUAUCUCUACGUCAAUGAACCCUCCAGCUCUUCAAAGGAAGUCAUUAUUGACCAACACUAUGCUUGUCCUUGUUGCAUCGAUCAUUUUGCUAGCCUCGCCGAUCUGAAGGGCCAUUUCAAGGUUGCGCAUCACACUUACCUUCCUGAACAAAUACAAGAGCAGGAAAGUCAACGUCCCCAAGAAUCUGCGACUCCGAGCUACUCGCGCUCAAGCACACGUCCUCCUUCCAUUACCAGCAACGCUAGCUCUUCGUCGAAUAGCAUUAGUUCAAAACGACAACAUAACGAAGUU